CUCUGGUGGAGACACACAGCAAGUACGUUCCUCCCAACCAGACUGCUUCCUUAUCCAGUCAAGACCACAAAGUUCAGCAAUGGCCAUCACUGACAUCCUUUCUGCGAAAGAUAUUGAAUCUGCUCUCUCCAGCUGCCAGGCUGAUGAUUCCUUCAAUUACAAGUCUUUCUUCUCCACGGUUGGUUUAUCCAGCAAAACUCCUGACCAGAUAAAGAAAGUUUUUGGAAUCCUUGAUCAGGACAAGAGUGGUUUCAUCGAAGAAGAUGAGCUUCAGCUGUUUCUGAAGAAUUUCUCUUCGAGUGCCAGAGCCCUCACCUCUGCGGAGACCAAGGCUUUUCUGGCUGCAGGUGACACUGAUGGUGAUGGCAAAAUUGGAGUGGAAGAAUUCCAAUCUCUGGUGAAGGCAUAAACAGCAUUAGACCAAAGGCAACCUUGGACUGACUCUCCAAUUACCUCGUCCAACAAGCACUUCACACUCAGCAUGUGUUUGUACAUUUUUAUAUUGUUUCAGGCAUUAACAAUUCCCCUUACACCAAGUUCACACAUGGUAUUAAUGAGAAAUCUUGCAACGUACACUUGUUUUGGUCACGUGGUAUUGUUACAUUUCCAUUGUAAAGAAGGCACUUUGUGAUUUUCAACCACUCAUAAUGGUGAAAUUGUGGCUGGAAGAGGAGAGAAAAAAA